GAGGAACAAGGAAUUGAAAAAGGAAGAAACUUUGAUUGGAUUGAGAUGAUGGGUCAUGCUUCAAAGUUUGUUCAAAUAUUCAGACUCUGUCCAAUCUCUCGUUUCAACCAACACUUGUUCUUCACUACCACUACCAGUUACAAGUGCAGCAAAUUGAAAUUGGAUAUUGUGAAAACACAAUUGGCGCUAAAACUGAAGAAUACCCUUCAACAACCAGGGAAACCCUUUUUUCAUUCCCAUAGCUUCAAUCUCAAUGUCCCAGCUAACUUCCUCCGUAAAAGUAAUCGCUUUUCUGGCAGUUACUUGAGCAUUGGAAGCAUAUUAGGAGUGUCAAUUGCAUCAGCAUCAGUUAUAGCUCAUGCCAUGGAUGCUGGGGAUGCUUUGGUGGAUGAUCCUUCUGAUAACUCACAGGAUGUUUCUGAGGAGGAAGAAAUUGUGCACCACUUUUUGAAAUUCACUAGGAAAUUCUGGCUUCCUGUUCUUUUCUUUCUUACAGUGUUGACGAACUUGGAUGAUCCAAUUAUGAUCUUGUUUGUCAAAGUUACCUUGUUUCUCCUAAGCACCAAGCCCAAUCCUUUCUCUGUCUAUAUUUUUGUUGAUCAGCUGUGCGAACAAUCCAUGCGUCAAGAUACUCGUUUUUUCAAGAAAAAGCCGUAUGCCAGCAAAGUUGAAGUUCAUGACUAUAAGCUUCUAUGCCUGGCUGCUGUGGAAGUAAGAGAUCAAAAGUUCACUUUGGUUGGAAUUCUUGGUACUUGGUGGUCGUUGCCUCAUUUACCAACUUGGGAAGCAAUUUCUUUAGUUAAGAAUAGAGUUGGAAGCAUCUUUGUGAAACCAACUGAGAACUAUCACUAUCAUACUCAAUUACCUGAAUUGUGCUGAUGUAUUGGCAUGCGUGUCCAUCAAACAUUGUUGUUUUAGAUUUACUUUUGUUUGUUACUAUCUUUUUUUUUUUUCACUUUCAGUUAGAAGAUUAGAUUAUUAUUCAAUCUCUGUUUUUCUAGUUACCAUCUGAAUAAUCCUCAUAUCUAGGAUCAUAAUUAUAAAUAUUUGAUUAACAUUAUUAUAACUUUUCCAUUUU